AAGCGUUUGCGUUGAUCUUGUUUCUGCUCCCUGAAUAUUAAUUCCCGAAGCUGGUAGCAAUACAGCUCCCCAGUGACGAGACCUACUAGAGGCAGGUGGGGGGAGUCACCAUCAGAUCACAAGCAUAAUAAUAAUACAAAGGGGAGGGCUGCUUCUGCAACCAGGAGGCGAGAGGCAGUGGAGGAAAAAAGAAAAGCCAUGAGUUCGACAAAUAUAUGGAGCACAGGAAACUCAGUCUACUCGACUCCGGUAUUUUCACAGAAAAUGACGGUGUGGAUUCUGCUCCUGCUGUCGCUCUACCCGGGCCUCACGAGCCAAAAAUCUGAUGAUGACUAUGAAGAUUAUGCUUCUAACAAAACAUGGGUCUUGACUCCAAAAGUUCCUGAGGGUGAUGUCACUGUCAUCUUAAACAACCUCCUGGAAGGAUAUGACAAUAAACUUCGACCUGAUAUAGGAGUGAAACCAACAUUAAUUCACACAGACAUGUACGUGAAUAGCAUUGGUCCAGUGAAUGCUAUCAAUAUGGAAUAUACAAUUGAUAUAUUUUUUGCCCAAACAUGGUAUGACAGACGUCUGAAAUUUAACAGCACCAUUAAAGUCCUCCGAUUGAAUAGCAACAUGGUGGGGAAAAUCUGGAUUCCAGACACUUUCUUCAGAAACUCCAAAAAGGCUGAUGCACACUGGAUAACCACUCCCAAUAGGAUGCUGAGAAUUUGGAAUGAUGGUCGAGUGCUCUACACUUUAAGGUUGACAAUUGACGCUGAGUGCCAAUUACAGUUGCACAACUUUCCAAUGGAUGAACAUUCCUGCCCCUUGGAGUUCUCCAGCUAUGGCUAUCCACGUGAAGAAAUUGUCUAUCAAUGGAAGCGUAGUUCUGUUGAAGUGGGUGACACAAGAUCUUGGAGGCUUUAUCAAUUUUCAUUUGUUGGAUUGAGAAAUACCACUGAAGUAGUGAAGACAACUUCUGGAGAUUACGUGGUCAUGUCUGUCUACUUUGACCUGAGCAGAAGAAUGGGGUACUUCACCAUCCAGACCUACAUCCCCUGCACACUCAUCGUCGUCCUAUCCUGGGUGUCUUUCUGGAUCAAUAAGGAUGCUGUUCCAGCCAGAACUUCUUUAGGUAUCACCACUGUCCUGACAAUGACUACCCUCAGCACCAUUGCCCGGAAGUCACUCCCCAAGGUCUCCUAUGUCACAGCAAUGGACCUCUUUGUAUCUGUCUGCUUCAUCUUUGUCUUCUCUGCUUUGGUGGAGUAUGGCACUCUGCAUUAUUUUGUCAGCAACCGGAAACCAAGCAAGGACAAAGACAAAAAGAAGAAAAACCCUGCCCCUACCAUUGAUAUCCGCCCAAGAUCAGCAACUAUCCAAAUGAACAAUGCCACACACCUUCAAGAGAGAGAUGAAGAAUAUGGGUAUGAAUGUCUGGAUGGCAAGGACUGUGCCAGUUUUUUCUGCUGUUUUGAAGAUUGCCGAACAGGAGCUUGGAGACACGGGAGGAUACAUAUUCGUAUUGCCAAAAUGGACUCAUAUGCGCGUAUCUUCUUCCCCACUGCCUUCUGCUUGUUCAAUCUGGUUUAUUGGGUCUCCUACCUCUAUCUGUGAAGAAGUAUGGGUUUUAUUGAUAUGGGUCUUAUUCACUAAAUCUCAUGGAGAAAAGAUGUCCUUUCUAAGUCCACUUAAAUAAUCCCCUGUGUGUUUAUAAUGAUCUGAAUUUGUUUCUAUGUUCUAACCUGGUAAAUUGUAUUAAUGUCAUAUUGUUUGCGCCCAACUCUCCUUUGAUAAGUGUAAUUUGAACUAUAAUGUUUGCUGUGUUUCAAACCUGCAAGGCAAAGUGAAUUAGAGCAAGAACAUUGAAACUAAACAAGAUAUUUUCCAGCUACAGCAAUUGAAAUAGUGAAAGCCAUGACUAUUUACAGUGGUGGUGUCCUUACAAUUCAAAAUGCAAUUAGAUGCGAAAGGUUCAAAACUGUACCCUGUGUUCAUUUGGGAUCAAGUUGUGGUAAAUUUCAUCCCAAUAGAAUGUCUCCCCCAUUUGCGAAAAAUUGCAACUCACUUCAAAUAUAAGAGCCUAGACUAGAAAUCUAUUACACUUCUAUCCCAAGAUAGGAAGAAAAUUUCCUCCACAUCACAUGUACAAUGAUGUAAAUAUUUCAAUAAGGUAGAAUGCUUCAAGUUUAAUGCAUGCAUGUCUUUAGAGCCAAAAUAAAUGGAUUGAAGUUAACAUCAUAAAGUAUUGUCUUUUAUUCUAUGUCUUUGGGCUAUAAAAGAAUCAUGAAUGUCGUUAUAAGGUUUUGGGUUUGGAAUUGGAGGGAAGAAUUUUCACUACCUUCUCCCUCAUGCAUGAAGAUUCAAACAGCUUAUUGUUUUCCUUGUAUGACAUAUUAACACACUUUAAGGAAAAUAUAGACUAGGUAAUUGACAUUUGCCACCUCUAAAGAUGCCCAAUUUCAUAGAAUAUAAAGUAAUUGUAUGUGCUUGCCGCUAUUUUCUCUUCCUUUUAGGAUGAUAGAUCAUAACAGGACUUAUUCUCCACCUCAAGAUCUGCUUCUAGUGAUUGUGAGUGCCUUGUGGGCAGAAUCAUUGUCAUUUCCUCUUUGGAUCCUCAGCACCUUGUAUAGUGCCUGGCACAUAGUUGGUGCUCAAAAAGUACGACUUGAGAUGAAUUGGCCUCAUAUGCUUCUGGUGAAUCUCUCUGUGCUGGCCUGGAACUAAUGAUUUAUCUAUUCACAUAGGCGUUGUCAAGUGAUAUUUGAUCUUGUAGAAAUAAACAGAAGGAUCCAAAGAACUUUGGCUAUUUAUAUUCAUUAUCAAAAAUGUAUUUUAGUCAACAUCCAUACUCCUUUUAGAAUAAUAAUUAUGUCCUAUCUUUGUGUAUGGAAAUGAGUCUACUAGGGCAUAAUUAGAGUUUGUGUAUUAUUUUUCCAGGUUUAAGGAUGAGUCAGCCUUUACCCAUCCACAAUUCUUCUUGAGGACAAAUGACAGGCAUAAGCAGGAUUCAUACCUGAAUGGUGUUCAGAAUGUAGUAUUCUAUGCACUGUAGGAAAAAAAAAGUACUGAUGAUUAAAUUAAAAAUGAAAGAACAAAUGAAUGACUUACAUGGAGGUUGAGGCUAUGAUUGUGGCCUCAUUUAACUAUAUUGUAAUCACGUGAAGUGGUUGUCCCAGACUUCACACAUGGUGAGUUGAGCUCCAUUUUCAUGUACUCAUCCCGAAUCCUUAUUUUUCUGAAAUAGUACCCUUUGUCAGUUCUUCUUAUGACAAUCAUUAUUCUAAGUCGGAAUUCAAUCAUAGCGAGUAAAACUUUAUAGGUAAUCUAAAAAGAGUAGAAGAGAAGAGAGAGUGGCUUUGUUAAUAUAAAACCAUGUAAAGUCAUCAUCGAGUCAUCUGGAUGAAUCUUGAAACACGUUUAGCUGCUGAUUUUACAAACCUUUAAUACAUCAGUGCUCUAGUAUAUAACUUCAAACACAUGUAAAUAGAAUUAAUUAUUUUCUUGUUUUGAAUUGUUAACAUUAAAUGUUGACUCUUUGGGAGAGUUGUUGGCAAAUUUUCAAUGGUGAGAAACAUGUUAUUAUUGUCAACUUGCAAUGUAUUCCAUAAUGGGGACACUAAAAAAAGCUAGCUUUCCAAUGUGUGCAUAGUAUUGGCAAUAUGAAUAUAUAUUAUAUAUAAUCUGAUUCUUAAUUAUCAGCUGCUCCCUGUCUAUGUAUUUGAAAACCUUUCACAAAGGGAAUUGCCUAAUAUGUGGACUUUUACAAUAAAAAUGCUGCAUUCU